GAUUUUCAAUGUUUGAAGACAUCCACCGACCAUUUUCCUGAUUCCCUCGGCCACCACCAUUAAGCAUUCCGGAACCGUGGCGCUUCCGCAUCACGGUUUCCCUUUAUCCCUCCCAGGACGUUAAAAAAUGGGAUUCUCCUUGUGGAGUCUGCUGGAGGCCUCGUUGCUGUGUCUGAACGCAAUAUGCAUCCUCAGCGAAGAAAGAGUCCUGGCCAAAUAUGGUUGGUCUACGGUGAACCGAGAUUUUGAUGACGCACCAACCACUAAAACACAGAUACUGUCACUCAUGAAGUCUAUUCGAACGGUUGUAAAAUAUCCUCUCAUAAUUUUCAAUUUACUGAUUAUACUCGUCAAGAGCCUUACAGGAUAAUGUCAGUCUGUCAUCAUCACUUCACAAGAUGUAUUUUUUCCAUUCAAUUCAUUAUUAUUAUUAUUUUAUGAUUCAUACUGUUCAAAAAAGAACAAACAAAAUCAUCAAAUAAAUCAUGUGCGUACAAUUUUUUUAUCGUAUAUUUGUGAAUAAAUAACUCGAGUGAAAAAAAA